CUGUACCCUAUUGUGUUAAUAGUUAUACAUCCUGGAAUCCUGGGGUCUAUAUUUAACGAAUCGUUACUUUAUGCUACUCAGAGUUUAUAAUAGGUUGGUGUCAUAGUUCUCAGUAAUUUCCACUCAGUAAGUCAUGGUAGUGUCAUCGUCAAGAUGACAGUGUCCUUUGACUCCCUUCUAUCCGUGUUGAUGUUACUCGAGUGUCUACAUCCUGGGCAACGAAUGAUGAGAAACCUCGUCAACACUCAAAUCACCGCGUACAAAUGACUAGACCACCAGUCACGAGUUGUAAGCGCCCAUUAAAUAAGCUUUUUAAAAACGUACUUGGUAGAAACUGAGUAACAUAGUGGAUCGAAUAUCACACAAGUACGCAGAGACACAGCUCCUGAUUUCGUCUUGCCUGAAUGAUUCCCGUGUUAUUCUUGUCUUAUAUCACAGACGUCAAUGCGAGUCCUCAAUUCCACGUGACAAAGUUACAGCGUCAAGAAUCUUAAACAUGCACCUCAAGUACACAAGCAUGCGAUCGCCUUGUCAGCUUCACCAGGGAAGACAUUCCGUCAGCUUAGCUUACAAUGGGUGACAACUGGUAGGCACCACGACUUCAACAGCAUGCAUCCCAGCAUUGAGGACCUCGAGGAUGACAACAAUAGCGUCAUCUUCCGAGAGAGUCACAUGGAACUUCAACUGAAACCUCUGAUGGACAACGGAGAUCUUGCUAGUCCCCUGCCGUCAACUCCCAUCAAUGUCAGCGCAGAAGCAAGAGUCACAUUCAAUGUUGGUGGAGUCACUUUUCAGACCAGCGAGAAGACCCUGCUUAAACAAGUUAACAAUAAAAAUUUCUUGCUCUCCAAUCCUCGGAACUUAAUUAAAUACUACGAUGAACGUCGUAAAGAAUAUUUCUUUGACCGUGACCCUGAGGUGUUUCGGUCGAUUCUGAACUACUGGAGAUCAGGUCAUCUACACCUGCCGUCAACAAUCUGUGGCCUGCAGGUUGAAGAGGAACUCAAAUUCUGGGGCCUGAAAGAGCUGGACAUAGAGCCCUGCUGCUGGAAUAACUACAAUACCUGGAUGCAGACCAUCAAGGCACUGAAGAAGGUCGAGCGUGACCGUGACCCAGCCUACCUUCACGCUGGAGAUAUACUUCCUCCUCCGCCAUCAACAAAAUAUCAGCGUCUCAAAAUGCUUACCUGGAAGAUACUCACUGACCCUUCGUUCUCGGUCAUAGCCCAGGUCUACGCUUAUUUCUCCCUGGCGGUUGUCGUCUUAUCCAUUUUUUCAUUUUGCGCCUCAACGCACAAGCUAUUUCAGAUCUCCAGUCCCGAAGGUAUAAAUGCUACUAGCCUUGUUCCUGGCAAUGUCUCCAGCACCAUUACUCCCAACAACACGUUUCAAAGCAAUAAUCAUUCUUCGCAUGGAUCAAGAGUAUCGAAAUCUGGCAGGAUGGCGCAGGCUCACCCUGCGCUGGUAAUCAUCGACAUCUUCUGCCUAGCUAUAUUUACUGCCGAGUAUCUACUGAGGCUAGCCUGCGCCAAAAACAGGCUAAAGUUCGUCAUCAGCGUCAUAGCCGUCCUUGACCUUCUGGCUAUUCUGCCAGACUACAUUGAGUUCAUCGUGAACGCCGCUCACAGUGACAUGAACGCUCAUCACGCCAUCAUUGACUUCAUGCAAUUUCUGAGGCUAAUGAGGGCUUUUAGGAUAUUCCGCUUGAUUCGUCGCGUGCCGGGCCUCUGGAUAUUAAUGUACACACUCAAAGCGAGCUUUAAGGAACUCUUUUUGAUGCUGGUGUUUCUCCUAGUCGGGACGCUUCUUUUUUCGUCUGUUAUCUACUUCGUGGAUGACCCGGAUGUGUUCAUCAGCAUACCCCACGGCUUCUGGUGGGCGAUCGUCACCAUGACGACAGUGGGGUACGGAGACAUGACCCCUUCCACGGCGCUGGGACAGGUUGUCGGGUCGGUCACCGCCGUCUGCGGCGUUCUUAUUAUCGGCUUCACAAUUCCUUCCCUGGUGAACAGCUUCAUCACAUACUUCAACCACAUCGAGUUCAUAGUCCAAAAGGAGCGCCUUCUCUCGGCGGACGCUGAAUCUAAAAAUAGAGUACAGGUGCAGCAAGAAACACACACCAAUAGCACCGGCAUGUAUUUUGAGUUUCCUCACCACAAAGCUGAUGUAAUUACGCGAUCAUCAAAAGUCUAAAACGUUGAAUGACUGGUGUAAUUUUCCAAGCUAUUGCGUCAUUUCCUGUGGAAGUGUACUCGUAUGUGUUGAUCACAGACAUAUAUAUAUAUAUAUAUAGGCUAUAUGUGUCUAUGGUGUGGAUUAAAUCUCACGCCUACAUUUUAUUGUCAGCGCAUGUGCCUAAACGUUUAACAUACUACAGUAUGUUCAAAAUAGCUGAGAAAUAGACAGCCCUCUCCUUCCGUUUAAUUGUUAUUCUACUAAUGAAUGAAAACUAAUAAACGGGAUAGUUCAAAUAGCCUUAUCUUAUAUAGUACUUAAAUCUUCGAGUCUUUCACAAUAAAUAAUGAGAUUAUUUAUCCUUAAGUGUUCUUGAAUUCUUUCUCUUUGUGCUUUGGUGUGCAAAGCUUAACAGCAAUAUGUAUUACAAAGCUUAUAUCAACUCACCUGUCUGGCCAAAACUUUGUACACGUUAUUUCUCCGACACCCAAUCUCGGAUCAAGCUGAAAAUUUGCACAAUUAUUUCUCUUACUGACAACACAAGAAUCAAUAUUUUUUUUAAAAACCAAUUAGUUAAUUAACUAUUGGUAAUAAAUUAAUUUCUUUGGUAUCUCAAACAAGGGAAAGAAAUAGUACUUGACUAAAGUGGUAGUAUAAGCUGAAUAAGUCCACUUAAUUAUAUAAGGCUGCCGUCUCAGGCUUUAGUGAACACAAACUGGAAACAUUAGAUAACUAUACAAUCUUUUAUGUUCAUAGACUCUUCGCUAAGUGGUAACCGCGUAGACUUAAAAAGUCUGCAAAGGCUUUAGUUCACAAGAUCAAAUUAGGAUGUUCCCUUUUUUUUCUUAAAAAUAUUUUUAGCGGCCUCUGAAAGGGGAAAAGACGCUAUUAGUUUUGUGUGAAAUGUCUGUCCGUCCGUUCCGUAUACAAAAGAUAGUGAAAAUCCGACAUCAUAAUAUUUUAGUCCAUUCAAAGUUCUGAUGCAAAGGCUACUUUUUUUUCUAAAAGCGAAAAAUUUAAUUUUUUAAAUCACUUAUGCAAGCAUUUUUUUUUUCAUAAAAAUUCACCACUUUUACAACUAUUCACUAUUAAUGGUAAUAAAUAUUCGAGACUCUUUAGUAAAAGGGGUGGGGGCAAUCCUGUACCAUAAUAUAUCAUAACACAUUAAUGCAAAUGGUUUUAGCCUUUUUGUUUUAAAAAAUAUAUUUUUAAAAUUUAUAUUGCUACGUUAUGUAAGUUCUGUCCUACUAACUUCUACAAUUACCCAAAAAUAAAGAUUACUUUUUUUUUAAGAGAAAAUUUUUUAUACAGUAUGCAUAUAAGUUGACAUAAUUUAAAACAACAAUUAAUAAAUAGGUUCUGAUAUUGCGUAAACUACAGCGCCACGUACAGUAUCACAGAAACACAUAAGCCCAACUAAAGUAAUUUUUUUUUCUUACGGAAAUGUUUUUUUUUUUUUUUUUAGGAUUUGAAUAUAAGAGAUUGACCCUUUACAAAACAAUUAGAUCAAUAAGAUAUUCAUAGUAAGACAUCAAUUAGGUCAGGUUCGCAUCUAACUUCACAUUCACUUUAACCUAUCCUUUGGCCUGCUGGACCACCACACAAGAUCUGUUAACCUUCUUUCUCCAUUCUUCUGUCAUUUGUCUUUGAUAGAAUUUCAUUCUGAUGUUCUUUCUGAAAAUAUUGAUACCGGUACCUGCCUUUUUACCUGCCUGGGUGUAUCACUUCGGGGGGCCGAUUUUGAGUUUGUGUUUCCACACAAACUGUCUUUGUAACCUUGUUAUAAAUGCUUUUUUUUAUUGUUGAUCUAGAUCUAUUACAAAUUCAAUUACAUGACUGAUCCAAACUAAUUGAUACAAGUACGCUUAAUAUAAGCUUUUUUUUUUAAAAGUAUUUUUUGAUGUUGUUCUUGUUGAUGUAUAACUAAAUUGAGAAAGUAGUAGGCUAAACGAGCAUUCAUAAAAUGAAAACAAAUAAAGGUUACAAAAAAAGUUUUAGGAACAAAAAAAUCAUUUUCUCCUUUUCGAUGAUAACAGAGGUACUUCGUUCUAUUUAUUUCUUGUAUAUAUUAAUAUUAAUACAGUCCCAGCUCAUUUCAACGUAAGACAGUGUGCUGUGUAGGCCUAUGUCUUCAAGUCUUACUGAAUUAAAAACAAACAUUUUUAGGAGAGUGCGGGAAUUGCCGCUAACAGCGUACCGGUAUUCAAAAUUAAUAUAGUGUGUGACCAAUUAGAAUUAGAUAGUACGGUGGGAAGCGUGGUCGAGAGGCUAAGUGUGCUUGAACGUGGUUCGACACCCGACUCGGGCAGAGUUGUGUUUACUGAGCGCCUAAAGACAGCACGGAAAACCAACUCCUAGAUACCCCCCCCCCCACUGGUCCACAAAUGAGAUUGGACCAAAGCGCUCUGAGCAUGCUAUAAGCAUGAAAGUAGCGCUAUAUAAAAGCUAUAAUAAUAUAUAGUACUAAUCGACCGGUGGCAUAGCAUACGCCGCUAAUUUGCAGGGCCGGCCCUAGGCCACUGCAACUUAUGCGACCGUAGUGGGCCCCGCACUUUCAUAGGACCCGCGCUAAUUCUAGGUGUAAAUUAUUGUUGUUCUAAAGAUAAACUUAAAAAUGUCACAGUGCUAGGAAAACUGUUAUAGGUGUUUUCAAAAUCCAUGUGCAUCCACCCAUGAAGAGUUGGCAAGCUCAGAGGUAUUGUACAAGGGUAAGGAACUGUGAAAUUUCCAGUUGAAAAAUGUAUAACAAAAAUAUUCAUAUUUAAUUGCAAAUACUGAAAUUGUGAUAAUUUCUUAAGUUAAACUUAUAAAUAAGAACAAUCUGGUAUAAACUUUGUCACAUGUAAAUUAUGAGUGAGUCUGGUGUGAAUGUAUACUUUGGUUUCUUAUAGUUGUUUUUUGUUUGGUGUAAUGCACAAAUUGUAAGACAAAUUUCCAUACGGACAAUAAAGAUUAUUAUUAUUAUUAGCGUGUA